CUCCUUCUUAUUCUCAUGUGAAUCCAGUCUUUGGAUCUUCUUCCUCUUCUCUGUAAAUGGCUGAUAUUAUUCGAUUACAGUAUCAGCCACUUCGAUUCUCUUCUCUCUCUUCCCUUCUUUUCUCGUCUUUCAGAAAUUCACCUCCUGUUCAGUGCUCAACUAAGAGGGUUUUCCCUGUUUCGUAUUCUUCUAUAGCUGCUGGUCUUGCCUCACUUGCUUUUACACCCAGCAAGCGGUUGCUCUCCUUCAAGGUAUCUGCAACUGUUGCUGAAACUAAUCAGCCAAAAUGGUGGGAAAAGAAUGCACCAAAUAUGAUUGACAUUCACUCCACUCAAGAAUUUGUAGAUGCUUUAAGUCAAGCUGGAGAUAGACUAGUCAUUGUUGAAUUUUAUGGCACUUGGUGUGCAUCUUGUCGAGCAUUGUACCCCAAGCUCUGCAGAACAGCUGAAGAACAUCCGGAAAUCGUCUUCCUAAAAGUAAAUUUUGAUGAGAACAAGCCAAUGUGUAAGAGUAUGAAUGUGAAAGUACUUCCUUACUUCCACUUUUAUCGAGGUGCUGAUGGGCAGCUGGAGUCGUUUUCGUGCUCACUUGCCAAGUUUCAAAAAAUAAAGGAUGCCAUUGAGAUGCAUAAUACAGCUCGAUGCAGCAUUGGUCCACCUAAAGGAAUUGGCGAUCUGAAAAUUGAGCCUCCCUUUGCUCCGAAGGAUACGUCAGCUGAAUCAACUAAAGAAUAGCAUCAACGAAUUGCGGUGAAUUGUGUGACCCCUUUGUUGUUGCACAAGGAGAAACCCCAGGAAAAGGUUGCGCCCCACAGAAACUUAAGUUAUGAAAGAUACCUUCUCUAUUCUGUAUAUUUACUUUGUUUUUAC